AUGCAGUCCCUGUGGCUGUACUGGGUACUCUGCGUGCUCCCCCUGGCUGGCCGUGGGGCGGCUGUGACCGAGGAGCAGGUCCUGGUCAGACUACUUCAGCAGCUGCAGCUCAGCCAGGCUCCCGUGCUGGACAGGGUGGAUGUGGAAGGGCUGGCCAUCCCUGCCCAUGUGAGGGCCCAGUAUGUGGCCCUGCUGCAGCGAAGCCAUGGUGACCGCGCCCGGGGCAAGAGGUUCAGCCAGAACUUCAGAGAGGUGGCAGGCAGGUUCCUGGUGUCCGAGACCUCCACGCACUUGCUAGUGUUCGGCAUGGAGCAGCGGCUACCGCCUAACAGCGAGCUGGUGCAGGCCGUGCUGCGGCUGUUCCAGGAACCAGUCCCCAGAACUGCUCUCCGGAGGCAUGAAAGGCUGUCCCCUCACAGUGCCCGGGCUCGGGUCACCAUUGAGUGGCUGAGAGUUCGUGAGGACGGCUCCAACCGCACCGCCCUCAUCGACUCUAGGCUCGUGUCCGUCUACGAGAGCGGCUGGAAGGCCUUCGACGUGACCGAGGCCGUGAACUUCUGGCAGCAGCUGAGCCGGCCGAGGCAGCCACUGCUGCUGCAGGUGUCGGUGCAGAGGGAGCACCUGGGCCCGGGGACCUGGAGCGCACACAAGUUGGUCCGGUUUGCUGCGCAAGGGGCGCCGGGCAGUGAGGGCCAGGGCGAGCCACAGCUGGAGCUGUACACGCUGGACCUCAAGGACUACGGAGCUCAAGGCAAUUGUAACCCUGAGGCCCGAGUGACCAAAGGCACCAGAUGCUGUCGCCAAGAGAUGUAUCUUGACCUGCAGGGAAUGAAGUGGGCGGAGAACUGGAUCCUGGAACCCCCUGGGUUCCUGAUCUAUGAGUGUGUGGGCAGCUGCCUGCAGCCACCGGAGUCCCUGACCAUCAAGUGGCCAUUUCUGGGGCCACGGCAGUGCAUUGCCUCAGAGAUGACUUCCCUGCCCGUGAUUGUCAGCAUGAAGGUGGGAGGCAGGACCAGGCCUCAGGUGGUCAGCCUGCCCAACAUGAGGGUGCAGAAGUGUAGCUGUGCCUCGGAUGGGGCGCUCAUACCCAGGGGGAUAGAUCUGUAGUCCCCAUGUAGCCACAGUUUUACACUUAGUAAGUUGACUUGUUCUGACUCAGUGUCCGCCUUUCACCUUUGCCCUACAGUCCUCCAUGUCUUGGCUUCCUUGUCUAUCACCCAGUCUAAGCACUUAUGUGAGUAAAUACUAAUGUCACUCCACCAGGACACCCUGGUGCACUUGGUAGAGGACAUGGCUAAGCAGUGGACAUCGCCAGCUGAAUCUGUUUUCGGGCCAAUUCUCAGCUAAUUGUGCAACAAAACCCAAUGGUGAGAACAGAGGAAUCGGCUCCUUUACUCUGUCACAUGGUGGUGUUUGAAUUCAUUCAACAAAACAAGGCAGACAGAAAUCCCAGCGAGCACUAGACAGGAGAACUCUGGAAAAGAUCCUCAA